GUCUCUGACUCCCCAUUAAUGUUCAAGUCAUAAACUGUGAGAAACCUUUGCAAACCCAAAUUGUUUUUCAUCAGAAACUGCUGUUGUUGAGGCAAAAAUCAGAUAAAUUUUGAUGUUGCCUGUGCUGGGUUCAAUGGCUUCUUGAUUGCUCAUUUUAGGGGGGUUUGGAGGCAAAAAUUGAGUACUUUCAUUUGAGGGCAACCCAAUAAUGGCUCUUUCAAGCUUGUUCACCACUUUGCUAAUUGGGCUGCUAUUAUCAAGGUCUCAACUUGUGAUUGCUCAACUCUCUCAUGAUCAGACCAUAUUGGUAUCAGUUGGCAAGGAGCUUGGAGUUUCUGGGUGGGGUCUCAAUAGCUCAGAUUACUGCUCUUGGCCUGGGAUUGGUUGCAGCUCAAACAAUUCAAUGGUGGAGAGGCUUGUGCUCUCUCAUCGAGGUCUCCAAGGUAAUGUCACUCUAAUUUCUGAGCUCAAAGCAUUGAAAUGGCUUGACCUUUCAUAUAACAACUUGGAUGGAUCAAUUCCACCUGCUUUUGGGAAUUUAUCUCGGCUUGAGUUUCUCGAUUUAUCUGCUAACAAGUUUGGAAGUUCUAUUCCUAUUGAGUUGGGGAGCCUCAGAAACCUUAGAGCAUUGAACCUUUCUAAUAAUUUGCUCACAGGAGAAAUACCUGAUGAGCUUGAGGGCCUAGAGAAUUUACAAGAUUUUCAAAUCUUUACUAAUAGAUUGAUUGGUUCUAUCCCAAUGUGGGUGGGGAAUUUGACAAAUCUGAUAGUUUUUACUGCCUAUGAGAAUGGAUUUAGUGGUAAAAUUCCGGAUAAUUUAGGCUUGGUUUCAGAACUCCAGUUGUUGAACCUUCAUUCAAACCAGCUUGAAGGGUCAAUACCAGAGAGCAUAUUUUCCACGGGAAAGCUAGAAUUUUUGGUUCUAACCCUGAAUCAAUUGGCCGGAAAUCUUCCUGAAUUGAUUGGCAAUUGUAGAGGCCUUUCCAGUAUUAGAAUUGGGAAUAACAAGUUCAUAGGAAGCAUUCCCAAAGCAAUUGGAAAUGUUAGUAGCCUCACAUACUUUGAAGCGGACAACAACAAUCUCUCCGGGGAGAUUGUCUCAGAGUUUUCACAGUGCUCCAAUCUCACUCUUCUGAAUUUGGCCUCAAAUGGGUUUACUGGAACGAUUCCUCCCGAGUUUGGUCAGCUUACUAAUCUGCAAGAAUUUAUUGUUUCUGGUAAUAGUCUCUUUGGAGAGAUUCCAACAUCAAUUCUGAGGAGCAAGAAUCUUAACAAGCUUGAUUUAAGCAACAACAGAUUCAAUGGCACCAUUCCAGAAACUAUCUGCAAUACAUCUAGAUUGCAGUACCUGCUCUUAGGUCAAAAUUCAAUACGAGGUGACAUACCCCAUCAAAUUGGGGACUGCGUAAAACUCCUUGAAUUGCAAAUGGGUAGUAACUAUCUAACCGGAAGCAUCCCUCCUGAGAUUGGUCAUAUAAAGAACUUGCAGAUAGCACUAAAUUUGAGCUUCAAUCAUCUCCAUGGAGUAUUGCCCCCCGAUUUAGGAAGGCUCGACAAGCUGGUUUCAUUGGAUGUUUCUAACAAUCAGCUCACCGGGAACAUUCCACUUGCACUGAAGGGCAUGCUAAGUUUGAUAGAGGUGAAUUUCUCGAAUAAUCAGUUCACUGGUCCAAUACCCACCUUUGUUCCGUUCCAAAAGAGUCUAAAUUCAAGCUUCUUGGGGAAUAAAGGGCUCUGUGGAGAGCCAUUGAGUUAUUCAUGUGGAAAUUUGAACGGGUCUGACCACAAGAGUUACCAUCACAAGGUUUCGUACAGGAUCAUAUUAAUAGUUAUUGGUUCCGGUUUGGCAGUUUUUGUAUCUGUAACAGUUGUUGUUCUGCUCUUUAUGAUGAGGGAGAGACAAGAAAAAGCUGCCAAAGCUGCAGGGAUUUCCGACGAUGGAACUAGUAGCCGGCCAUCAAUAAUAGCAGGAAAUGUAUUUGUCGAGAAUCUCAGACAAGCGAUAGAAUUUGAUGCUGUUGUCAAAGCAACACUGAAAGAUUCAAAUAAGAUCAGCUGUGGGACUUUCAGCACGGUCUACAAGGCAGACAUGCCCUCUGGGAUGAUUUUAUCGGUGAAAAGACUGAGAUCUAUGGACCGAACAAUAGUUCAUCAUCAGAACAAGAUGAUCAGAGAGCUUGAAAGGCUGAGCAAACUCAGCCAUGACCAUCUAAUGAGACUCAUUGGGUAUGUAAUUUAUGAAGAUGUUGCUCUUCUGCUGCAUGACUACUUUCUCAAUGGGACUUUGGCUCAGUAUCUUCAUGAUUCUACCAAACAGCCCGACUGCAAACCUGAUUGGCCAACAAGACUCUCCAUUGCAAUUGGAGUAGCAGAAGGGUUGGCGUUCCUUCAUCACCUUGCCAUUAUCCAUCUUGAUAUAUCUUCUGGUAAUAUAGUUCUGGAUUCCAAUUUCAAACCUUUGGUUGGUGAAGUCGAAAUAUCCAAACUCUUAGACCCAUCCAGGGGCACAGCAAGUAUCAGUGCCGUUGCUGGCUCAUUUGGUUAUAUUCCACCAGAAUAUGCAUAUACAAUGCAAGUUACAGCACCCGGAAAUGUUUAUAGCUAUGGGGUUGUUUUGCUUGAGAUCCUUACAACCAGACUACCUGUUGAAGAGGCCUUUGGUGAAGGUAUAGAUUUGGUAAGAUGGGUUCACAGUGCUCCUGGAAGAGGGGAAACCCCAGAGCAGAUACUAGAUGUGAGGCUUAGCACCGUCUCAUUUGCUUGGAGAAAAGAAAUGCUCGCAGCGUUGAAGGUCGCGUUACUUUGCACUGAUAACACACCAGCCAGACGGCCCAAAAUGAAAAAGGUGGUGGAAAUGCUUCAGGAAAUCACACAAACCUAAGUGGAAGCCUAUUGCACAGGAGUUUGCCACAAUUCUCAGGAUCAAGAACCCCGUUGUGAGUUAUGAAGACAUCAUGCCAAUUCCAACUAUUUUUUCGGUUAACUGUCAUCCUCCGACAAGGUGGUUGGGGUGGUGCUUUCCUUCUCUGAUUAUCCACUCCUUGUUUUGUAUGAAAAAGUAUGUGAGAAAGGGGGUUCUUGUAAUGUUUUCCAAAUUGAAAAGGAAGACAAGACUUGGGAGGAGGAUAAAUGCAAAGAGGGUUUCCUAAUAUGGAUUUUCCUGCACUGUUUAUUAGGCCUUCAUAGUAUUAUAGAUAUUUUUGGUUCCAACAUGCGUGUGGAG